AUGAGCGAGCUGGACACAAAGCAUGAUGAAAUCCAGAAUGUAUUGGCUAAUCAGGGUACUGGGAGCCUGUUCCAGGCGCGAGUCGUUGGAGGUUCUUCACUGUGCAGCUAUCUCUCUCCUCAGGACAGGUGGCCACUGUAUCACCCAGCUGUGGACAGAGCACUGCAAUUGGGGGGCCCUGGCGGUCCCAUUCACGUGAAGCUGGUGGUUGAAUGGGAUCUGACCACCAAAGAAUGCUUGUUUGGCAACAUCCAGGAAGAAGUUGUUGAAGAUGCAGAAAGUGUGAGACUGAAGCAGCAGCUUCAUCAACAGCAGCAUAGCUGUACCCUGAAUGAAUGCUUCCAGCUCUACACCAAGGAGGAGCAGCUGGCUCCAGAUGAUGCCUGGCGCUGUCCCCACUGCCAGGUACUUCAACAGGGCAUGGUAAAACUCAGCCUGUGGACACUCCCUGAUAUCCUCAUCAUUCACUUGAAACGCUUCCGGCAGGUGGGCGAGCAGCGCCACAAGCUCUCCACUCUUGUGCACUUUCCCCUGCAAGGGCUUGAUAUGGCUCCCCACGUGGCCAAGCGCAGCCGUGGCAGCAAGUGGGGCCCCUGGAAGCAGUCCGUGCCAGAAGAUGGCCAGUGUAAUUUCCUCUAUGAUCUGUAUGCCGUCUGCAAUCAUCAUGGUAGCCUGCACGGUGGACAUUAUACAGCCUAUUGUUGCAACUCCUUGGAUGGUCGCUGGUAUAGCUACGAUGACAGCACCGUCGAACCAGUCUUGGAAGAGGACAUCAGCACACGUGGUGCCUACAUCCUCUUCUAUCAGAGACGGAAUGUAGUUCCAAGCUGGUCUGAAGGAAGCUCUGUUAGAGGAUCCACCAGCUCUUCCAUUUCAGAACAUUGGCUGGCACGGCUCAGUCGAAGCAACAAACGAGAGAGUCUAACAUCCUGGAGCUCAGCAACCUGUCCAUCUCUGCCAAAAAUGUCUCUCUCACCUACCCUCAUCAGUACCAGCACCAGCCAGGAGAAAGGAGGGUUUGAGUCUCGUCCCUUGGUUCGGGGUGUGCAGGGCAGAAGUGUCAGCCUGAAAGCUUCUUCUAACAAGACCAAGCUGGGCAUCCCCAAGCCCCUACCCUUGCGCUGGUCUUUCACUUCCAAAGAAUGGUCAGCAGAGCCCUCCAGGGAGCUUGUAGACUAUCUGGAGUCUGGCCGUAGACCUUGGUUCACAAAGGAGUCCAUUGUCCCUCUCAUAACUAAGGAAGGGGAAGACAAUGAGCUUAUGGUCACCAAAGCUAAGCCCAAUCCUGCUCUGACAAGCAUGGGCACAACUGAGACCACUGGCAAGGCAGCCACUGCCAUGGAAAAUUCAAACACUCUGAAACGGGCAGGGAAGCCAAAGGAGGAAACAGGUGAGCAGCCACGGACACCCAAAAAACUGGUGCUUUCUCUCAGCACAGUACCUCCAGUAAAAGAUGAGGAACCCAAGACCAAAGCUAACAUCAAUGGGACCUUGCGCAUGGGUUCAAACCUGGCCUCUUCCAGCAUUAUUACCAAGGCUCGGGGGGAUGCAGAACAAAAGACCACACCCUGGCUUGGGGAGAGGGAGCCAGAGAUUGAGAAACAAUCAGAGGGAAAGUUGGCAGUCUUCAGAGUUGGGUUUUUGCGUAAGGACCCCAAGCGACACAGUGAAUCUGACAGGCAUGCUGUCAUGACAUCAUCUGUAGCCUCUACCCAGGCAUCCUUCUCCAAUGGAAUGCUAAAUUUUAUCCCUGGCAGCAGGACAAACAAUGGCCUGAAUCCCAGCUCCACAGAGGGGCUGUCCAAUGGGCGGAUCUCCCGUUCUGAGGUGGACAUUAAGCGUGCUCAGAGCUCCUGCAACAGCAAGGGAAGGAAUGACUGGUUACUGAGCAGGUCAACUUCUCUCUGCAAGGCAAACAACGGGUCCUUGCAGGCCUCCAUGCCACCACUCACUUUAGAAGGCAUUUCCUGUGGUAACUUCCAACGAGCAAGAUAUCAUACAGCAUCCCUUGGCAGGAGAAUAAUUGUACCAGAAUCCAGUUUCUGAACUACCCUGCAACUCUACCUGAAACAGCAGAAUCAUGCCAACCUUUGGUGCUUAUAAGGUCUCAGGCCUUUGAAUAAGAUCUGCCAAUCACUAGAAAGCUUGGAUGGUGCUUCUUCAGACAAGAGUUAUUAAAUCCAAGUGGUGCUGAGGAACACAUGUAGCCUGGAAGUAAAGAUGCAACAGGGAUCUUGUAGACCAAGAUGUUAGAAAUGGGGGAAAGAGAAAACGUUGGGGAAGGUGUUAAAUUAUUUAUUCUGUAGUUUAACUGGUAACUGUUGAGAGGAUAUGCUGCUUUGUAACAGCAUUUAUUUUGGUACCAAGUUGUAGGGAGGAUAGGGGAGAAUCUAAACAUUGCUCUAUGCAAUAAGCCCAAUGUUUUUUAUUUUCUGCAAACCUUUGGGUUUUAGAGAUCUAUUUGUUAUUUUAAAAAAUACCUAAAAUGAAUGGUGAGCAUUAAUAGCUUUGGGAAUCAAUGGAGCAAAUGGGUAGGCUAAUUCAGGAAUUGUCUAUUCUCUGGGAAAUUCAGCCAAGGUAUGUGGGAUAAAUUUGUUCUUGUGUUUGUGUUGGCUGGAAAUGAAUAUUGUAGCAGCAUCCUGGAUUCCUCCAGUGUUUAAAAAUAUACAUAGAAAAAAAUGUUGGAUAACACUGUUCAUUUUCUUCUACCUUCAGUGGUAAUCAAAGCUAACUUCUUUGCAGUCUAGCUUAUCUACCUCAGAUUUUCUGGUAGUCAUCCAUCCAAAUACCAACCAAGUCUGACCCAGCUUAACUUUCUGAUGAGAGCCAAGGUUGGCUAGGUCCUACCACCUUCUGUGACCAAUACAGAUAACUAGAAUUCUCUUCACAAGAAACAGAAAAAAUGCUGUUUCCCCAUUGUUGUACAGGGUUAGUACUUGUUAACAGAUUAAAUAUGAAGAGCAAAGGAGAUGGAGGGUCCAAGAAAAAGCCAUGGCUUCAUGUGUCAUUUAUAGAGUGUGUACUGUUGUUGACACCAGAUAAGUAUGAAAGAUAAUGAACAUCAAGAACAAAUGGCCAGCUGGAAAUUCCAGGGACAUACCUGAAGAUGUGGGAUGGAAAAUGGGAAGAGGUAAAUUUGGGAAUAAUCAGUGUAAGAGUGACGAAGCAAGCUGUGCUUUAAUGGGAUCUUCUGGGCACGUACUUAGAAAGAUGAUAGCAGAGAACAGGAACGUGGGAAGGGCAGAAAGCGAGGGAAGAAAAAGUCUGAAUAGCUAAAAAAAAGAACCAGAUGACUAGCACUGAAGUUCAGGGCAUAGAAGAAAUCUAUGUAAGGGGACCUAGCAAAGUCUACAGUAUUGUUAAGGAGAAUGAGGAUAAAGAUUUUUGGAUCUGGCAUUUGGAGAUCAUCAGUGAUUUAGAGGAGUGCAAUUACAGUGGUGUGUAAAGGGUGGGAAAUGGAUUAAAAGAAGAAAAGGAGGGAACCUAAGUAGCUAUACAAGCACAAGAAAAACACAAAACAGCCAUUGUAUUAGGACUCUGAUUAUUCCCGUAAGCAUUUUGGUUAAUUUGUGCCAUUUCAUUAUGUGAUUUAUGAAGGUGUGCCAUUCAUUCAAGGAAAGAAGUUCUUGAUUGGCAUUUUAUAUUACAGAGUUCUUUAUAAAGGAAUCCAUUAAAACACAUAGGGGAAUAAAUACAGC